GAGGCGAGCAGAGGCUGUGGGAGCAGCUGCGCAGGAGCUGUGUGGCUGCUGGGAGGUGCUGAGAAACACAGGAAGUGAGGUGAGGCGUCACCAGCAGCCCACAAAGACCUUCCUGGCUGCCCUAGACAGGGCCAAGCAGCAAACCCCCGGUGGCCUUGGUAAGUGCUCCCCCAUCCUCUAUCCUGGGCCAGUCCCCAACCUCUCCAUGCCCUGGGGUCUGGGAGGGUUAGUCCCUGCCUGGCUAGGCCUUUGAUAACUUGGCUGUAGCCAAGUUAGUCAGCUUGGGCCCACUCUGUAUAAGAAGCCUAUACUCCAGGCCUGGACAGGCAGGCCCUCACCCUGAUUUUAUUCACCCUGAACUCAUGGGCAAGACCCUAAUCAGCUCUACUAAGGGCAACUCCAGGAAAGGCAGGAACCCUGGGAAGGGAAGAGUGGGGUGGGAGUACAUGGCCCUCAUAGCAGCUCCCCUGUUCAUUGACCCCCAACUGCUUAACUUGCGUUGUGAGUAAUCUAGGAACAGUGCUUGACACAAGGGGUCACUCCUUGGGCAUUGGUGGCCAGAGGUGAGAUCUGUGGUCUGUGGCUCAACGUCAGUGAUGUCAGAGACUUCCCCAGGUGAUGGGCUUGAGCUAGAGAUGCAGCUUUGUUCAGUGAGGUCAUAACUCCUGGCCGUGCUCCUGCAUCUCCACUCCUGAUAACUAAAGGGGUAGGCAGAGCCCUUCUCACUAGGAUCCUUAGCUAGAGAAGGAAGGUGGGUCCCCAGGGCAGGGCAAAAAUGCAAGGCUGGGGGUUUCCGGUGUGCUGAGUCAACCAGGGAGAAGGAACCCACUGCUGGGCCAGAUCUGCAAGUAGGCUGCAGCUGUACACUGGUCCCACAGCCAGCCAGCCCCCAGUGCUCAUCUCUUCUGUCCCCAGGUCUCCCUUCCCUGCUUGACAGGAUGAGGCCACCAGUGCCUUCAGCCCCACUAGCUCUCUGGGUCCUGGGCUGCUUCUCCCUGCUCCUUUGGCUAUGGGCACUGUGCACAGCCUGCCACAGGAAGAGAGCUCAGAGGCAGCAAACUGGGCUGCAGGGCAGUUUGAUGCCAGUGGAAGUGCCACUGCUGAGACAGGCCCACCUCUGCUCCCUCAGCAAGUCUGACACCAGACUGCAUGAGCUGCACCGAGGCCAACGCUCCACCAUAGCCCCACGGCCUGCUAGCAUGGAUCUUCUGCAUCCACGCUGGCUAGAGUUAUCCAGGGGCAGCACCAGGUCUCAGGUACCCAACUCUGCCUUCCCACCACGGCAACUGCCCAGGGCCCCUCCUGCUGCCCCUGCAACUCCGCCUUCUACUAGCCCUGAGGCCACUUACUCCAAUGUGGGGCUGGCUGCAAUUCCCAGGGCCAGCCUGGCUGCUAGCCCUGUGGUGUGGCCUGGAAGACAGCUGACCAUUAGCUGUACCAGGCUUGGUCCUGGGGCCGAGUAUGCCUGCAUCCAGAAGCACAAAGGGACAGAGCAGGGCUGCCAAGAAUCACAACAGAAGGCUAAGGUGACCCCAGCUACUCAGAUGGAUGUCUUAUACUCUAGGGUCUGCAAGCCUAAAAGAAGAGACCCAAGACCUGACACAGACCAGCUGAACCUCCAGGAUGGGAGAACAAUUCUGGCCCUUGGGAAUGAUGUGAAAUAUGAGGCUAUCACUCUCAGGGGCCAGGAUAUGAAGCAAGGAACCUUAGAAAAUGUAUAUGAAAGCAUCAAGGAGAUGGGCCUCUGAGCAGCUGAGCCCUCACCUCCUGUCUGCUUCUGCUUCAGGAGGGUUUGAUGUGCAGGUCCUUCUGUGUCCUUCACCUCCACAGCUGACAGCACAAAGCUCAGGUCCAGUCCUUGUGGCCUAAUUAAAUCUCUGUUCAGUAA